AUGGCUGUUACUGCUACUACUACUGCCCCUUCUUCUGACAUACGAUAUGGGCCAGAUGACCCCACCCUCCCAAAACCAUGGAAAGGCCUGGUUGAUGGUAAGACUGGGUAUCUUUAUUACUGGAAUCCGGAGACCAACGUUACACAAUAUGAGAGGCCCGUUAUCACUUUGAAUGCAAGCUCUGCUGUGCCUUACAAAUCUUUGAGUUCGUCAGUUCAAAAGUCUUCUCAAGGUCGCUGCACAGAGAAUGAUGAUGAUGAUAGAUAUAACAAAGGUUGCAACAGUGGGUCAAUGAAGGUUGCUUCUGGGUCAGGAAGUUAUCAGAAUGCAAGAAGCAGAUCAGAUCGUUCACGUGAUGAUCUGAUUGUAAAAGCAAGUUCUGGAUUUGGAUCAUUUUCUUCGAAAGUUGCAGAAAGUGGUUUAUCUGCCGAUUCUUACCGUCAUCGGCAUGACAUAACUGUAACUGGAGAUAAUGUGCCCCAACCUUUCACUUCAUUUGAAGCUACUGGUUUCCCUUCAGAGAUUCUUAGGGAGGUUUACCAAGCUGGAUUUUCUGCUCCGACACCAAUACAGGCGCAGUCAUGGCCAAUUGCUCUACAAGGUUCCGAUGUAGUAGCCAUUGCGAAGACAGGCUCUGGGAAAACUUUGGGUUACUUGAUUCCUGGCUUUACUCACAUAAAGCAACGAUGCAAUAAUCCCAAAUUAGGUCCAACAGUUUUAGUGUUGUCACCAACAAGGGAGUUGGCAACUCAGAUACAAGAUGAAGCUGUGAAGUUUGGAAAAUCAUCUAAGAUAUCUUGCACGUGUUUGUAUGGAGGUGCACCAAAAGGUCCUCAGUUGAGAGACGUGGACAGAGGUGUAGAUAUAGUAGUAGCUACUCCUGGUCGCUUGAAUGAUAUUCUAGAGAUGAGAAGAAUAAGCCUCCGUCAAGUUUCAUACUUGGUGUUAGAUGAAGCAGAUCGGAUGUUGGAUAUGGGGUUUGAACCUCAGAUAAGAAAGAUUGUUAAGGAGGUGCCUACUAGUAGGCAAACGCUAAUGUACACAGCAACAUGGCCAAAGGAGGUGCGCAAAAUUGCUGCUGAUCUACUGGUUAGACCUGUUCAGAUUAACAUGGGAAAUGUUGAUGAGCUUGCUGCAAACAAAGCUAUUACCCAGUAUGUUGAAGUCCUUUCACCCAUGGAGAAACACAGGCGGCUGGACCAGAUAUUGAGAUCUCAAGAACCAGGAUCAAAGAUAAUAAUAUUCUGUUCAACAAAGAAAAUGUGUGAUCAACUUGCACGUAAACUAACUCGCCAAUUUGACGCGGCUGCUAUUCAUGGAGACAAAUCUCAGGGUGAGAGGGAUCAUGUGUUGAGUCAGUUUCGAACUGGAAGGUCACCAGUGCUUGUAGCCACUGAUGUUGCUGCUCGUGGCCUGGACAUUAAAGAUAUUAGGGUGGUAAUAAACUUUGACUUUCCCACGGGGAUAGAGGAUUAUGUUCAUAGAAUUGGAAGAACAGGGCGGGCAGGUGCCUCUGGAUUGGCUUUUACUUUUUUCUGUGACCAGGAUGCUAAACAUGCAUCGGAUCUUGUCAAAGUUUUGAACGGAGCAAAUCAACGUGUCCCCGUUGAAAUUCGUGAAAUGGCUUUACGUGGAAUGGGAAAGGUAAAACGCCAAUGGGGUUCAGGCCCUAGCAUACUUGGUGGAGGUCAUUUUGGACGCUAUGAUUCUAUCAAUGGUGGACGAGAUGCGGGACGUGGCAGCAUUAGGUAUGGUGCACGGCGCAGUAGAAGCCCCAAUAGAAAUUUAGUGUAA